UUGAAAACACCAUUGGAGGUUCUGAGACAAACAAAUCAGGCACCGUUUUAUUGGAUCCCAAUCGAACAGCUGACAUACCUUCGGGCCCUUCGGCCUGGGAGUAGCAGCAUGAAAAACGUUUUGGAUGUCAUGUCGAUGCAGCAGCACGUGGAGUUGAACAAGGCGCAGACCAUGAAGCCCAUUGACUAUCGCAAAAUGAACAAACCCGGCGUGGUGCCGAUGUACAUCUUCGAGUGCGCUGCCAAGUUGAAAAUGAAACCGCUGACGGCGGCCUGUGCGGCCAUAGUGUUCCAUCGUUUCUUCCGGGAGGUCAAGGCCAGCGACUACGAUGAGUUCCUCAUUGCCGCGGGCUCACUGUACUUGGCUGGCAAAAUCAAGGAAGACGAAAGUGUCAAGAUACGCGAUGUCAUCAACGUGGCAUACUGCACCCUGAACCGGGGCAAUGAUCCAGUCGACCUGAACGAUGAGUACUGGUCGAUGCGGGAUGCCAUUGUCCAGGCCGAGCUGCUCAUCACGCGCACCCUGUGCUUCGAUCUCAACAUAGAUCUGGCCCACAAGUACUUACUACACUACAUGAAGACCCUACAAGACUGGGUGGGCACCGAGGUGUGGAACUCGGUGCCCAUUGCCAAGGCAGCCGCCUCGUAUCUGCAAGACUUUCACCACAGCGCCAAUAUCCUCAAGUUCAAGCCCACCCAUGUAGCCAUUGGGUGCCUGUCGCUGGCCCUCCAGACCUACGGCAUCCAGGUGCCGCUCACCGACGAGUCCGACGAAUCCGCCAUGUGGUACAAGCCCUUGGUCAAGGACUUCACCCGAGAGAACCAGUGGGAGAUCAUCGAGAACGUGAUCGAGGUCUACAAGAACGAGGGCUUCCUGAAUGCCACCUAAUCCCUGCGAGAGACUGCCAAAACCAUUCCUUCUGCCAUCUGAACUUAUUUAUUUUCCCUCGCACCUCAUAAACCAAUCUCAGAUUCUACUAGACGUAUGCUCAAAUGUCCAAUGCAUUUACAUCAUGCCCUUGCCAAAUCAAAUAAAUCGACCGGUAAUGAAA